AUGGUAAAGUUUCUGCUGCUGGCUUUAGCAUUUGGACUGGCUCAUGCUCAUGAUCAGAUGGAAGGAGAAUGGGUAACAAUUGCCAUUGCUGCUGACAAUGUUGACAAGAUAGAACUGGAAAGACCUCUGAGACUCUAUGUUCGUAAACUUACUUGCAAUGAGGAAUGUAGUGAAUUGGCAGUCACAUUUUAUGUCAAUUCAAAUGGUCAAUGCUCAAAGACUGAAGUCAUUGGUUAUAAGCAAGCAGAUGGUUCCUACAGAACCCAAUGUAAGUAG